CCCAACGAUACGUGAUCAUUCUCUCAGCCAAUCGCUGCACGGAAUAUGCAAAAUCUGGUUUAAACCGGUUUCUAUCUUAAAUUUCAAUAUAAAAACUUAAUAAAACAUAUACAGCCGUUAUUGUAUUUUACGCGAGACGCUGUGAGGCGUGCACGGUUCCGUUGCUCACGAGCACACUAUUUAGACAAAUAUUCUGAUUUUUGACAUUUUUUCGGGGUUUUUCUGCAGUCAAGAUGCCCAAAAGAAAGAUUGAUGGUGAGAAGGCCGCCAAAGGCAAAGAGGAGCCAACAAGACGCUCCGCGAGGUUGUCUGCUAAACCAGCUCCUCCUAAACCAGAACCAAAGGCCAAAAAAGCCGCCGCGCCCAAGAAGGCAGCCAAGGGGAAGAAGGGCAGCAACCCUGCUGAAAAUGGUGACGCCAAGGCAGACCAGGCACAGAAGGUUGACGCUGCUGGUGAUGCCAAAUGAGAAGCUAAUGAGUGUCUGAUCCUUCUAUGUACUUGGUGACUGUACAGUUUGAAAUAACUAUUUUUUACCAAGUUUUAUAAUAAGAAUUUAUAGUUGACUUGUUGACUUGCUUUUGAUGUACUGAUUGAUUUGACAGGAGUUACUAUAUUUCAUUCAUAUCCAUUUGUAUCCCAUUUUUUAAUCAAGCGUCUAUAUCUUGCCAAAACGGUUUAGCCUGGCUAAUUCUGUUGGCGAAACGCAAGAAUAUUGUCCUAAAGUUUGUUUAUUGCUUAUCUAUCUAUCUAUCUUUUUCUUUCUUUCUUUGGAUUUUAAACACCAAACAUUCUCAAAAGGCAGCUUAAGAGUGUUUCUAAAAUGUUUUCAGGAGGGGUUUCACCAUGUUGUUAGCAUUUAAACGUAGAAAUACUGUUUUCUUUUUUUAGGAAAUUACAAUGAAAUUGUCACAAGAAAAAAAAAAAUGAAUAAAUCAACAAUGUUAAAUAAAUUUACAAUGUGAACCUUCAAUUUCUUUAGAGGUGUGUGUUCUGAACUUGUCUUUUUUUUUUAUUAAGUUAUGUUCUGAAACAGUGGAAGGAUAUUCAGUGACUCUUAAAAUGCUUUGUUUUAAAUGGUUUUGAAUAAAAAAAUAAAAAACUGUCCAAAAA